AUGACACUUUGCAGGACAAAGAUGAGGCACCUCCUCGGACCUAACGUGUACGCGGAGCCCCCUGAUGGAGGCUGGGGGUGGAUGAUCGCGGUGGCCUUCUUCCUGGUGGAACUCUUCACAUAUGGGACCAUUAAGAGCUUCGGCAUUUUCCUCCAGGACCUGAUGCAAGAGUUUGGGGAGACCAACAGCCGGGUCUCCUGGAUUGUGUCCAUCUGUGUGUUUGUCAUGACUUUCAAUGGUCCUCUCUCUUCUGUGCUGACAAACCGCUUUGGCUUCCAGGUUGUUGUUAUGAUUGGAGGAUUACUUAUUUCUGCUGGCACCAUUGCCACCAGCUUUUGCAGCUCUCUCAAUCAAAUAUACAUCACCUAUGGAGUAGUUGCAGGCCUGGGCUACUGUCUGACCUUCCUGCCCACCGUAACCAUCCUCUCAAAGUACUUUAACCACCGGCGAUCUUUGGUCACAGCGGUGGCCUCUACUGGGGAGUCCUUGUCCAUGUUUGCUCUGGCACCAGCAUUUUCUGCAUUGAGGGACAGCAUCGGCUGGCGACACACCAUGGCUGUGAUUGGGGCUUUACAGAGCAUCAUCAUCAUCUGCGGUGUGAUGCUCCGGCCAAUUAUUAUCAAACCACCCCCAAAAGAGACAGAGGCCCUCAGGACGCAGGAGAAGUCGGAGGGCACAAACCCGGAGGACUCUGAGACAAAAGACAACCAACAAACCGGAGAGUCGUGUCUCCAGCCUCUGAAGGACAGCAGCAACUCAGCGGAGAGGGCCUUACUGCCAAAAGGAGGAACGAGUAAGGAGGAGAUUAAAGAGUCAGAAACGGAGAAAACGGACGUAGAUGCAGAGAAGGAAGCGUCAAGUGAUGAAGAAACCAAAUCAGGGGAUCAAAAGCCCCCUGCAAAGAAUUCCAGACUGCUGGACUUCUCCAUCCUCAGAGAGUGCAGCUUUAUUUUGUAUUCUCUUUUUGGCCUCUUCGCCACCCUUGGCUUUUUCGCCCCCACGCUCUACAUCAUCGAGCUGAGCGUGAGCCGCGGCGUGGAGCGGGACAAAGCCGCCUACAUGCUGUCCACCAUCGCCGUGGCGGAGAUCCUGGGCCGCUUCUCCAUCGGCUGGGUCCUGACGCGGAGGGCCUUGGUCAGGCGGAAGCUGCUGGUGCUGCUGGCCUGCGUCCUCGCCAUGACCGCCGACCUGGUGGGGUUCACCCUGGUGAGCGAGUUUUACGGGCUGGCCGUCUGCUGCGGCCUGUACGGCUUUUUCAUGGGGACCCUGGCGUGUACCCACAUCCCCAUGCUGGCCGAGGACGAGGUGGUGGGCAUAGAGAGGAUGUCUUCGGCCGCUGGCGUCUACGUGUUCAUCCAGAGCUUUGCUGGACUGGCAGGACCGCCGCUUGGAGGUGUGCUCGUGGAUGCCACUCAGAACUACGGCUCGGCCUUUUACUCCUGUGCGGUCGGCAUGGGCCUGAGCGCCGUGUUCCUGGGUUUGGUCAAACCCGCAAAGACGGGGGCACUCUGCGGGAAGAGGAGGAGGAGGAGGAGGGGCUUCAAACCCCCAGAAGACGAGUGCGAACGGAGUAGAGGGCAGAAGCCGGACAGCAACAACGACUGCCCCGAGCCAGAUGGGGAUUUGGACCCAAACCAGGCCAGAGGCAGGAGGGACACUGAGGGGUGCACAGCUUAUGCGUGA